AUGGAAAACAAAGACAAAACAACUUCUUCUUUCAAACGGAUGAUGAACAGUUUCCGGAAGUCGCUGGUUUUUUCUCGUUCCUCCAGUCGGCAGUCAAAAUCUUCGUCAACUUCGUCUUGUGGUCAACAGGAACCAGAAGUGGAUCUCGAGCAGAAAUCCCUAAAAGAGGGCCCAGUUCCGUACCAAUCUGUUUACUCUUCAAAUGAAGUGCAACCCGGUUGCCCUUUACACAAGAAACAACAAGAGACUGCUUUCUGUACCGAAUGUGAGACCUUCGCCUGUAGUCAAUGUCAAGAUGAGUUUCAACACGCACAAUGUGGUUCGCUUUUAACUCUGGACAAUGCCUACACAUCCCACUUUGUGCAGAUGCGCAUCAGCAAGGUUAAAAACUUUCGCGUGCGAGUUAUGAAGAUUAGGAUGGAAUUGUAUGACUACGUAGCUCAUCUGGAAGUCGCCCGCCGUCAGCAUUGGCGAGAUGCAUGGACGGCAAGGCGUAUGAUUCUUGACAUGGCUUCCCAGAUGAUUUCUUCUGUGGAAGACAAACGUGAUUCUUUGCUUGAAGAACUGAAUUACUGCGAGGAAAGUCUGAACGAAUGCCUAGACUAUUAUCUGAACGAGUCGAAAGCCUUGCUUAAGCAUCAGUCCCGGGUUUUGUUCGAAAUCGACCAAUUUCUAUCGACCCCUUUCAGCAAAAGCUUCAUGAAGCAAUAUGAGAAUCAUGUAAAAAAUCAUAGUCAGGUUCUCAAAGUUUACUUAAAUUCUGUGGAAUGCGUCUGCGCGGUCAAUACCAUUAUCCGCUUCACGCCGGAUAAAUCGUUUUCAUACGCCAUGAAUAGUUUCGAGACCGUUAAUUUGGGAACUGUGUAUGCACAACCGCUCCCGGGACUCGACGAAAACGCAGCAAUGAAAAGGUGGUUUACUCAUUUCUCUAACAUUGGAAAUUUCUCCCUUUAUUUACACCCACCGCCGAUCAUCCCACGAUUGCUUUCCAACGUCCUCUCGCGAGGGAAGUCGGAAUCGUCAUAUCUUCGAGACGUAAUCGCUUUACCCGAUGAUCAGUACGUCGUAAUCGACGGAGGGGAAGCGAUCAGUCGUUACUCGGCGGACGGAUUCAGUACAGGGAAAAUACUGUUGGCGACAGAGGACAAAGAUUCUUCCGCCUUAGACCAAUCGGUAACCGUAGACACAAAUCAAAUCGAUAUCCGUGCCUGCUGUGGAUGUCGAUGGUCAAAAGAUCGUCUCGCCCUUACUUUACCGAACGGGGAGAUUCGAAUUGUGAAUAUGGCCAGUGACAUGUCCAUCGAGUCGAAAGGAAAAUUAAAGAAAAAAUACUGGGGAGUGGCAAAAGUGAAUGAACGGACGUUAGCCUGUGUAGCAUGUGUAUCCGCGACGAUAGAUCUGAUACGAGUGGAUGGGGAAUCCUUUCGAGUAGCCAAAACUCUACACUGUCAGUUCGGACCAAAUACAACACGGGCACGGUAUUUAGCCAUAACCCCCGAUCUCUGUCUGGUUGUAACAGACGGUGACAUCGUGCAAUGUUUGGAUUUCCAGGGUAAUACAAAAUUUUUGAUUGAUAGUAUAGCGCAUCCGGCGGGGGUCACAGCUGAUGCGACCUAUAUUUAUGUUUGUGAUCGGGAUUUGUCUCGAAUCUUUCGGUUGACGACAAAAGGGGAAGUGGACUGCGUUCUUCUCACAAAGGACGAUGGCUUAUCAAAUCCAGAAGCCAUUGAUGUCACGAACAAUGGGCGGCUACUUGUUACAAAAUGGCGUGGUGGCAGAAUAAUGACUUUUACUUUAACACGGUCUCUCUCUCUCUCUCUCUCUCUCUCUCUUUCUCUUUCUCUCUCCCCUCUUGGAGUGCAGUCAUCUCUCUCUCUCUCUCUCUCUCUAUCUAUCUAUCUAUCUAUCUAUCAUCAUUAUUAUUUUUAUUUUCUUUGA